AUGGCGCAUGGAUGCCACAGCUUUGGUUCCGUGACACCGUCGGUGGUUUUCUGGACCAGGCUAGAAGUAAUCGACUUCAGCCAGGAAGUCCGGAGCCUGAUCUGGUCUUCUGUCCAGUCGCGGAGGUUGAAGCUUCCUGUGAUUGUCCGGUCAGCACAACUCAUCAGCGGUGAGCGCUUGUCUCAACAGACCUAUCUGGAGGCAGCCGUUUGGCCUGAACCUAAUAUCCGCACACUCGAGGUCCAGGAGCCCUACCCCGUUUACUUCGAGGUAGAUGAGUCCUUCAAGAAUCUACAAGAUCAGCUUCGUGCUGGAUCGAGGUCCAGAGGAACUCACCUGUUUCACUAUGGCCCCUAG